AGCCAGGAGGAAGGAAGCCACCCGCCUCCCCGCCCACCUACGCGUCCCGUGCGAGGAGAGGCCAGGAUAAAGAGCCCGCGCCUCGCCGUACUCCGACGCUUCCCCGUCCGGCCGUCCCGGCGCCCCCCACCUUUUUCGUUCUGGAGCUCCUCGCCUCAUCCCAACCCACCGCCGCCUUCUCUGACCUGCGCGUAUAUAUUGUACCGAUUCAAACCCACGGCUUAACCACUAGCGCGGUGAAAGGGAAGCCACCAGAUAAGCUCUGGAGCUGGAUUAGACCGGGGUGGUGGUGGUGGUGGUGCGAGGCGACGCGAGGCGGCUGCGUGCCGUCGCUGGGGCGCUGCUGUUCGGCUGAUUCUCGCGCGGCGGGUGCGAUCGGAGAGGCGGGUGCUGAUCUCGGCGUGUGAUUUGGGCGGAGGGAUCCGGCGAUCUGGUUCUGAUUGGCUGUUUUUUUUUUGGGGUGUGUGUGUAGGGAUGGGGAAGGGAGGGGAAGGGGCCGUUCCCGUGGGGCAGAGCGGCGGGCGGCGGCGGAGGAGGCUGGGCGAGGACGACGGUGAGGAUGAGGAGUAUUUGCUGGAGGAGGAGGAGGAGGAGGAGGAGGAGGAAGAGUGCGAGGAGGAUCUGUCUGCCUCGAGCGCCGGUGAGGGAGGAGAGGGCUCUGACGAGGAAUACGAGGAGGAUGAGGAGGACGAGGGGGAUGAAACCCCGCGGCCAAGGCAACCGGUAAAGGGCCACGAAGAUGGGCGGAAGGGGAAGGCAGACCCGGCCGUGGUGCGAUCUCGACGACGUAAGUACGAGGACGACGAUGACUACUUGGACGAGCUUGAGGAAGACGCUGGGGUCGACGAGUACGACGAGGAUCUCGAGGACGAAGAGGCGCCGCGGUCCAAGCGCGUGAAGAAAUGUGGUGGCCGCAGCAUGAAGGGGAAGCUUCCUCCAGAGCGAUCAAAUUGCCGGAGGUACGAGGAGGAUAUGGAUUUUGACCCUGACAUGGACGAGGGGGAGGAGGAGGAGGAGGAGGAGGAUAUGGAUUUCGAUCCUGAGGUGGAGGAGGAAGAAGAAGAUUUUGAGGAUGAGGAAGAGGAUGAACUAGAAGCGAGUAAGGGGAGGGUUAAGAAUAUGGUGCGUCGCCAGGCUGCCUUGAAUCAGCGACGAGGGAAGAAGAAGAGCAGCUCUAAGGUUUCCAGUUGGAAGGUGGAUUCGGUCAAGGCGAGGAAGACAUCUGUAAGGCGACGGCAGAGAAAGCGUUCAACGACUGACCACUAUGAGGUUGACGACUUCAUUGUGGAGGAUGAGGUUACAGCCAAUCGGCAGCCAAAGAAAAAGGCUAGAAUUAGGAGGCAGACGGAGGUUGAUCCUGCAACACCAGUUUUUGAGGCUGAAACAUGGCCUACUGUUGAUUCAGACACAACAGACUUCGACUUUGUAACAUCCGAUGAGGAAGCAGCCGCUGAUAAGCUUACUAGGGUUACUAAGAAGGGGAGGAAGAAACGGUUAUUUCUGUCGGAUUCAUCCUCAGAUUCUGAAUUCAUUGUAUCAGAUAAGGAAAUGGGGGAUUUGAAGGAGUCCGAGCCUCCAGAGUAUGUGAAAGUGGUGCCUUCAUCACCCAGGAAAAUUUCUGGUACAGGUGCUGGAGAGUGCAAGGGGAAGGAGAAAAAAGAACCACAGGAGGCUGGAAAAGCAACAUGCGGGAUCUGCCUUUCUGAAGAGCAGAGAGUGACUGUGCAGGGUAUCCUGGACUGUUGUUCACACUUUUUUUGCUUUGCAUGCAUCAUGCAAUGGUCUAAGGUUGAGUCAAGGUGUCCCUUGUGUAAACGGCGGUUCACAACAAUCACAACGUCAUCAAAGGAGGAUACUGUUUUGGAGCUGACAAAAUCUGUAAUUAGGGUUGAAGAGCGUGAUCAGGUUUAUCAGCCAACGGAAGAAGAAAUAAGACGUUGGUUGGACCCAUAUGAAAAUGUUGUGUGCAUAGAGUGCAAUCAAGGUGGCGAUGAUAGCCUCAUGUUACUAUGUGAUAUUUGUGACUCCUCAGCACACACUUAUUGUGUUGGUCUGGGAAGAGAAGUACCUGAAGGAAAUUGGUAUUGUGGAGGUUGUAGACUCGGUGGUGAGGGGCAUCCAUACCAUAGCCCUGUGAAUGGCAAUUCUAUGGUUUUCGGUGCAACUUCACCGAUUAGCACAUUCGAAAUACAGGGGAUUGAUCUAAAUGUAUCUCCAAGAGAGAUUUCUAGAAGAAAUCAUUCUGUUGAGUCUCAAGCAUGUACUGCAGGAGCAUCAACUCCAUCUGGAAGGCAUGCAAAUGCAACGAAUUCUAGAGGCCGUCAACUAAAUGACUGGAUACGCAAUUUGCUAUCUGCACCAAGGACAACACUUAGGCCAGAUAUGCACGAAAAUGGUGUACAGCGGAGUGGUUAUGUACCAAGCACUGAACCAGACCACAGGAACUUUUGCACUCCAUUAGAAUCUGACAUUUCACACAACAAUGGAUCUGUACGACAAAGUCAACCAAACCAGAACUUCCAUAUUAUGCCAGAAGCCAACACUUCAGAGACUUCCUUUGGAAGGAAUGCAGCUCUUUCUGGAAGGCGUCAAUUGUUCGAACGUUUUUGCAUGUUGCUAUCUGGAUCAAGCCCAACUAUUAGAGCAGACUUGUGCCAUAAUGCCUCAGAACACAGUGGUUCUAUGCCAAGAGUUGAACCAAACCACAUGAACUUUCAUGCUCCACCAGUAGUCAACAGCCCGCAAACUCUGCUUGAUGGCAUUCCAAACCAUGGCAAUGGUUUUUCUUUUACUCAGGCUCACAGUAAUUUGGUAGAUAGAAACAACUUCCAAGAAACUGAAGGUAUCUAGAGCAAUGGCAACUUGUCAAGCAAAUGCAUGUGCAAAGUACAAGUACUCGUUAGGUAAAAGUCUAUUUAAGUUAUUUCUUUACACUUCAUUAUACAAAAAGAAUGGUGAAAUUUGAAAUGCCUGGCAAUUUACUUAAGUGAAA